UAGUCAAGCCUCUCUGCAACAGGCAAACAAACAGGAGUCAAGUGGAGAUAGUUAUGGAUUAUUACAUCUGAUUACUUCUUUGACUUUUGUUGAUGAAUUUAAAAAUGGAGUGUGAUUCAGUGCAGUGUCCAAUUUGCUCGAAGGAAUUUCCUCAGGAAUCGAUUGAAGCUCAUGCUUCAAGAUGUCUUUUUCUGAAUGAAGCCCUCCCCGACAGCCAGGGAUGCCUUAAGAGACCUAGAUCUGAUAGUCAAUCCAAAAUGAAAAGCCCAAUCGUUACCAAAAAACCAAAAUCUAAGAUUAAGAUUGCUCAGCGUGUUCAAAGUAGUCAGAGUGUCUUUGGAUCACCCCUAAAUCAGGAUAAAAACCACUUGGAGGAUGUGAAAGAAACCACUGAAGAGAAAAAUGAAUCCCGUAGUAAUUCCGGAGCUUCGAAGAAGCUUCCAGAAAGUACAGCACCACUUGCCGAAAGAAUGAGACCCGCGAGUCUGCUAGAGUAUGUGGGACAAUCUCACAUUAUUGGACAUCAGAGUAUGCUGCACCAGCUGCUCUCCAAAGGUGAAAUUCCCAACAUAAUUCUGUGGGGACCCCCAGGAUGUGGCAAGACUUCCUUGGCUAAUGUCAUCGCGACAAUGUGCAAAAAUGACCCCAAGAAGAAAAUUCGCUACGUAAAAUUAUCAGCAGCCAUGUCCGGUGUUACUGACGUCAAAGAAGCCACGACAAUAGCCUCCAAUGAAUUAAAAUUUGGUCGCAGAACUGUCAUCUUCAUGGAUGAGAUCCAUCGCUUCAACAAAGCACAACAGGACAUUUUCCUACCCCACGUCGAGGCUGGAACGAUCACUUUGAUUGGUGCAACCACUGAAAAUCCAUCUUUCAGCUUGAAUUCAGCUCUUUUAAGUCGAUGUCGAGUUAUUGUCCUUGAGAAAUUAACCUUGGAAGAUGUUGUGAGGAUCCUGAAUAAGGCUGUGAACUCUCUGAGUGGAAUUGUCCACAGGGAGGGCCAGAAGGUUUACGAGGCGUUCAACGAAAUUCCCAAGUUCAUAAUCGAUGAAAAAACUAUUCAAUUCCUAGCAGAAACUUGUGAUGGAGAUGCUAGAAUUGCUCUGGGAGGUUUAGAGCUGGCAGUUCAGUCAAUUGUCCCUGAGGAAGAGAAUUCAGGACAUGAUACUCCUUUGAUAUCCCUGGAGCAUGUCCAGGAGAGCUUGAAGAAGACUCACAUGCUUUAUGACAGAAAAGGGGAUCAGCAUUACGAUAUGAUCUCAGCCCUUCAUAAGUCAGUACGAGCCAGUGACGAAAAUGCCUCCCUUUACUGGUUGACGAGGAUGAUGGCUGGAGGAGAGGAUCCUGUAUACAUUGCAAGACGAAUGGUCCGGAUGGCGUGCGAAGACAUCGGUCUUGAGGAUCCCAAGGCCCUUGGUAUUGCAGUUCACACUAUGCAUGCCUGCAAAAUGAUGGGGAUGCCCGAGUGUGAUGUUCUUCUCGCUCAAUGUGCUGUUUACCUGGCUAAAGCCCCUAAGAGCAGACUCAUGGAAGAUGCACUAAGAGCUGCACAGAGACUCGUAGCUGAACAGAAAGGGCCACAACCUGUUGUCCCUUUACAUCUCAGGAAUGCACCUACCAAACUCAUGAAAACACUCGAAUACGGAAAAAAUUAUAACAUGCGGCACAAAGACGUCUCCGGACUAACGUACCUCCCCGAGGGACUCGAGACCGUUGAUUUUUUCGAUGGACAAAAUCCAGUCAAUUAUACAGAUUAAUUGUUUUGAUAUAUUAUUUUAUUAUUUUAUCGAUUAUUGACUGUUCACAAUCUCUGUCGAUCCGUUUGUUGAUUUUUUUUCUGUUUAAGUACUAGAUUUUAAAAAAUCUGAGUGAACUCAG